AUGGCGAUACGGACCAGCACAGGAUCCGCAGAGCGCAAGAGCGCGACAGCAGCAAGGCCCCAGCAGCUGGACAAUCGAUGCAAAGAGCCCGCGGGUCGGUCGUCACGAAGACCCGCUAAGGAGGCACGGGACUCCGAUUCGGAAGCUGUGGACCUUAGUGAUGAGGAGGAUGAGGCUCAAACUGCCACUCAGAGCACCGUCAAGAAGGCAAAACGUCUUACAGUGCAGGAGAUUCGGGACCUGGACGCACAGGGAGAACUCCCUUCCAGCGGUUUGCUGGGAAUGAAGUUCAUGCAAGAGGCCAUAAAGCAAAAACGAGAGGAUGCGAAGAAGGAAGCUCUGGAUGUGCUAAAGUUUCUUGCGCUCCUUCUGGUUCUGCAAGCUGCUGGCGGUCACGUGGGGCUGUCACUGGCGGUUUCCCCAUGUGCGCGGCUCCUGCAACAGGUGGGAGACGACCUCCAUUCCUUGCUGGUGGGUCUGUUACACAGCCUUUCAUCUUCAAAUUUGCGUCUCCGCGAUCUGCACUAUGACUUGAUCCACCUCAACACCUAUCAGCUGGCACAGGAGUUCCAAGUUCUCACCGAGUCCUCUCAGCAUCUUCUUGGCUGCGGCUGCGGGUCAUGUCGCCCCGGGCUGACUUUGGAGGAGGCCCAUUUGAAGGUUCAGCGACGAAACGCCCAGCUGUCGCAGAGGUUGAAGAAGUUGUGGCAGCUGAUUCAGCCGGAGACAGAACUUCACCUGACCUUUGCUUUUGAAGAAGUGGAUUUUCGUCUCAGAGCGACGGCAGAUGAGUCCAGCCAGGUCCUGUUCUUGCUGAAGGCUUCUGACUUGCUACAUGGCCAUUUGGAGCAGCUGAAGAAGACCUUGGAGGUGAUCCUGCAGCAAGCGCCUAGCUUGCUGAGAAAGCCAGGAGCGACAGAACGCUCCAAGUUGCUGGAGCUUUUGGAGAAUCCACCUCUUCAUCUCAUUGGCACCCCAUCUGGCCGGAUGAAACUUCUGCGGAGCCAUGUGCUCUGCAACGCGGAGGAGCCCCCUGACUCAGCUUGGACGCCCUGGACGCCCUGGAUGGAUGCCUCCAGUGCGACGUGGCAUGGGAUGAGUUCGUUGAGUUGGUUACAGCGCCUGAAACGACCCAGCAAACGAGUUUGCUCAGUCCUGCCAUUUGGCAUGCCAGGCGCCAAUCAGCGGAUGUUUUUGGGUAUGAUAUGA